ACUUAGUUUUGAGAUUCCUAUUGGAAAAUGAGCGUAAUCGUAACCAAGUCUAGGCCGUUGCUGGUCCGCCCGUCGACGGAGCAGUCGACGCCGACGACGCCCGACCACAUCAAAGUCUCCUCCUUCGACAAGGCUCUCGCCUUCUCCGCGUUCUCGUCGUUCCACGUCUUCGACGGCGCCAUCCACGAGCCCGCCGAGACCAUAAAGAGGGCGCUGUCUCGAGCUCUGGACCACUUCCGGCUCAUCGCCGGCCGCGUCGUCGUGGGAGACAACGGCAGCGAGCUCUACAUCGCAUGCACCGGCGAGGGCGUGGAGUUCGUGGCCGCGACGGCCAGCCGCGCCUUAGAGGACGUCAAGGUCUUCGACCCGCCGUUCGCGGGGCUGCUUAAAGACCUCGCCGUCGACUACCCGGAGGCCAGGUGCCGCGUGACCGACCCCUUGCUGCUCAUGCAGGUGACCGAGUUCUCCUGCGGCGCGUUCGUCCUCGGUGUCACGUGGAACCACGUCGUCGCCGACGGCACGGGGAUCGCGCUGCUCCUGCGGGCAGUGGGCGAGCUCGCGCGCGGGCUGGCUCGGCCGUCCGUCUCCCCGGUCACCUGCGCCGACCAGUUCAUGCCGGACUUCCCGCCGUUGGCCGCCUCUAUAGUGAAGGCCAUGCUUGGCCAGCUGGAGCCCCAGGAUUACCCCUACCUCGACAUCACCGUGCCGAUGAGCACCAUCGGCCGCAUCAAAGCGAAAAUCGGCGACGAGCUAGGCGCGCCGUGCACCGUAUUUGAGGCGGCCACGGCUGUCCUGUGGCAGUGUCGCUCCCGCGCCAUCAUGCCCGACGGCGACCCGGACAGCGCGGCGCCUCUCGUCUUCGCGGCGAACGCGCGCAGGCACGUCGGCGCCGGGGACGGCUACUACAGCAACUGCGUCACGACGCACGUAGUCGCCCCGCCACCGACGAUCCGUGAGGCGGCACAAGGGGACAUGAAAGACCUCGUUAAGCUGAUCAGGAGCGGCAAGGAUCAGGUACCUGGCACCUUGGCCGGAGAAGAAGUAGAAGGCGUGCCAGGCAUGGAGACGCUGUUCGGGUACAAUGCGCUGUUCGUGACGAGCUGGCGGAACCUGGGCUUCGAGGCGACGGACUUUGGCGGCGGGACGCCGGCGAGGGUGAUGGGCCACGUGGGGCCGCGGUCGGUGCCGGCCUGUGUGGCGUGCCUGCCGUGCAGGGACAAGGACGGGGCAAACAUGCUGUCGCGCUUCGUCAAGGAGGAGCACCGCGGCGCCUUCCUUACCGAGCUGGCCAAGUUCACCUGACCGCGCCGCGCAAAGCUAGCUAGCUGCUGCAUGCUCUGGGGCAUGUACACUCGAAGUUGCAUUUUAGAGGAUCCAAGUAGUACUUAUUAGUAUAAAUAAACAAAACAUAG